GCCCAAUCAGGCUCAAAAAUAAGCUAAAGCAGGCUCACUGAUAUGCCAAAUCAGACUCACAACUCAAGCCAAAGCAGGCUCACAGAUAUGCCAAAUCAGGCUCAAGAUUAUGCCAAAUCAGGCAAAAAAAUAAGCCAAAUCAGGCUCACAUGCCGCACAAAUGUGCCAAACCGGGCAUACAAGGCCAAAUCAGGCUCAAAACAGGCGACCACUACCAGACACACUGGAAAGAAAAUCCAGUUAUCCUUUCCACUCCAGUCUUGGACAAAGGCAUCGGACACACCUACAACGAGUAG